AUGGAAAUUCCAGUUAUUGAUCUGGCUCCAUACUUGGAAUUCUCAUUGAAAUUCUCAGAUUCUGGUAAAGAAGAGUUUGAUCCACAGCUGAAGUGUCUGUGCUCGGAGGUGAGCCGAACCCUAAGGGAGACGGGAGCAUUACUAGUCAAAGAUCCGCGAUGCACAGCACAAGACAACGAUCUGUUCAUCGAUAUGAUGGAGAAAUACUUCGAAAUGCCUGACGAUUUUAAACGCCUCCAAGAACGCCCUCAUCUCCAUUAUCAGGUUGGAGUGACACCUGAAGGAGUUGAAGUACCUCGUAGUCUAGUUGAUGAAGAAAUCCAAGAGAAGCUAAGAGCAAUGCCCAUAGAGUUUCAGCCAUCGGCUCUCACUGGACCAGAUCCUAAGUGGCGAUUCAUGUCGAGAGUUGGUCCACGACCAUCAAACACCCGCUUUAAGGAGCUUAAUUCGGAGCCUGUAAUACCUGAGGGAUUUCCUGAGUGGAAAGAUACCAUGAAUUCUUGGGGACAUAAGAUGAUAUCUGCGAUAGAGGCUGUUGCUGAAAUGGCGGCCAUUGGCUUUGGCCUGCAGAAGGCUGCAUUCACUUCUCUUAUGAAGCAGGGACCUCAUCUGCUUGCUCCAACAGGGAGUGACCUAAGACGUCAUGGCCAAGUAGGUACUGUGUUUGCUGGAUAUCACUAUGACCUCAACUUCCUUACAAUUCAUGGAAGAAGUAGAUUCCCAGGUCUAAAUAUUUGGCUAAGAAAUGGGCAAAAAAUGGAAGUGAAGGUUCCUGUGGGAUGUCUCCUCAUUCAAACAGGAAAGCAGAUAGAGUGGUUGACUGCAGGAGACUGCAUAGCUGGCAUGCACGAGGUUGUUGUGACUAACCGGACAACUGAUGCAAUCAAACUAGCCUUGGAGCAAAACCGCAGCCUGUGGAGAGUGUCCUCAACGCUUUUUGCACACAUAGCAUCAGAUGCUGUGUUAAAACCUCUAGGCCACUUUGCAGAAUCCCCCCUUGCCAGCAAGUAUCCUCCCAUGCAUGCUGGAGAGUUUGUCGAACAAGAGCUUGCUGUCAUUAAUCUCAAAGGCAGUAAAGGCGACCUUUGA